AUGAGCACCGAGACUCUGGUGUCGGUUCUGGAACAGAAUACCAAGGUGGAGGUAGAAAAUCUUCCCUUGGGGUCUCCGCACGGCGACUUGCACGAGUCACUCCUUGAUCCAAACUUUACACGACACCUGGUGUCGCUGAAAGUUGCCAGACCAACACCGCCACUGACGGCCAAAGUAGACUCGUUGAAGCGUCUCCUAGUGCAGUGCCCAUCUCUGGAGAGGCUGCACUAUGAAGACGUGGGCCACGGCACCAGCUUCGCGCUUUCCACCGGGGAACGUCUGCCAGCUUUUUCCAGUCUGGUUUUGAAAUCGUACGACUGGUCACCUUCUGCAGAGGAAGUGCAAAGGCAUUGGAGCUUGUCCGAAACGAAGUCUCUUGUGCUUGUUUCUGUGCCCCUUUUCAACUUUUUAGAAUCCAUCUCUCCGAGAGAUUUGAGCAACCUGGCGAGACUGCAGGUCAACGACAACUGGGCGCACGCGUCUGAGGCGCGAGAAGAGGCCACGCGAGGACUGUGCCUACUCGUCAGGCAUCACAUCAAGGCGUUGGAGGUCCUGGACAUUAUAUGCCACACAAAACUAUUCCAUGUCGAAUGCAUACUGCAGCAUGGAGGUUCGCUCGGACGAGUUCAUUUCCGUGAUUACGUUGGACUCAGCCACGAUGACGGCGAAUGCCCGACGUUGCGGCCAGAGGAGGUGACGAGGCUCGGGCAAGGGUUGCCCUUUGUGCACACGCUAGAGUUGGACACGGACGAGGCACUGCGUUGUCCCCCCGAGUCUCUGCGCGGCGUGGCCUCGUUCCCGAUGCUCCGGACGCUGAUGCUGCAUGUGCGGACGCUCCUGCGUACGACUGACAAGGACGGUGCCACCCGGGACCGCGACUACGAGUCGGCCCAUGCAGAUGUUCUCCUACCUCGUGCGGCUGAGGGAGAAAAGCAAGCGGGAUCUGCCGUGGAAGAGCAUUACCGCAAAUGCAGGAGGAUGGCGACGGGUCAUGUCAUGUUGCGGAGAAUGGGGUCGGAGUGGAGGAGGAAGAAUGCACAGGGCAUGUUCGCAGAGAGGUUGCUUCGUGCUGGAGAGAGACGAAACCGGCCGCUACAAGGGUCGCGGAGGAGGAAUGCCACGACGAUUGGCGAUGCGUCACGACGUCGCAACAUUGACGCCACAUGCGGCGUGCAUACAUGUAUUGGUGGCAAGUUGUAUCUUGGGAUCACGUCACGUCACGGGUAUACACGGACGGCGAGCAAAGACUUGGGGUCAUUUCAGCAUCCCGUCCCGGCUUGA